ACAAGCUCGGCGCUUUUACGGCCGCAGACAGGCGCGCUGGAGCCCGCCGUGUCUCAGCUGUCAGCCAGUGGAUCCAUCUGACAGCCCGCGCCGGCGAGGCGCGUGAAGACCCGCUCCGCAACGGCUGCGGAGGAGAGACAUCCACGCAUCCGGAGAGCGGUUUCUAAACAUGAGCGCCCAAGAACUCGCGGACCUCGAGUCAUUAUAUGCAGACGGCGUGCUCGACGAGGACGAGUACAAGACAAAAUUAGCGGAAUUACAACCCGCGAAGGAGCGCACGCGGGCCGACGAGUUGGCGGACCUCGAGGCGCUGCGCAACGACGGCAUCCUGGACGACGACGAGUAUAAAGCAAAGCUCGCCGAGCUCCAGGACGACGAGCCUCCCGCGAAGAAGGCCAAGAGUGAAGAAGAGGACUACGAAGCACUCACGGUAACCAAGCUCAAGGCCAAGAGUAAAGAGCGAGGCCUCGCCGCGACGGGCGAGAAGGGUAUACUCAUAUGGCGCCUCAAACUCAAGGAUCGGCAUGCGGAUGUUCGCUGUUCGGAUGGAGCAGACCCGUUUUCGUUCCGAGGAGCAGCUCUCAAGAAGGCGGCAGCAAGACACGGCGUGAACUGCAUGGGCUCGCCCGAGGAAAUGCUUGAAGGUAUCGUCAAGAAACUAGCGGCCGAUGCACCUCAAAAACCGGCGCUCGAGGACGACGGGUCGCAGGACGCUAUCAAAGCGGCCACGCGCGUGCUAGAGCUCGCCGCGGAGGACGCGUGGGAGGAGAUUUUGAGUUUGGGGGCGCCGGGCAAGACGUUGGUCCUGUGUGGAAAUCAACCAGUGCGUCGGGUGCACCGAUGUCGAUCGGUGAGGAACCAACAUCGCCACGCCAUCGAGCAGGUGUCGCGUCGAUGGCGUGGAGGUCGACGCGACGAUUCACGAACGCGCCGUAAAUUUGAUUUCCACACAGGCUGACGGCGAUGUCGCCCCUGAACGAUCUGCGGGGGGCUUAUAGGCGCCUGUGCCGCCUCGUGCACCCCGACAAGCUACGGGGCUUCGACGGCGCCACGCGCGCGUUCCAGGCCCUGGUGACGGCGCUGGAUCGCGUGACGGGGUCGGACCUCCCCGUAGAAAGCGAGGAAGCCGACAAGGGGCCUGGCAUCGAGCGCACGAACGAAGGAUGUCUUAGGACGAUUGUAAAGUGCCCGCGCUGCGAGGAGCCCUGGGGCGCUUCUGCCCAAGAGGGCCUGCCCCCUUACGCGUACAACCUGCUCAUGACGGGGUUGCGGGAGUACACGUGCUCGACCUGUUUAUGUGAGUUCGGCUGCGUCUCGGCGACGCACUCCUGUAGAAAGUGCGAGGCGCCCUUCGACUACUCUCCUGCUGAUUUCCACCGGAAAAUAAAAUGCGGCGAGUGCGGCGACGAAUUUGGGUUCCGGUCCUACCACGUUUCUGCCAGGAACAUGGCCAACGCCGUCGCCGAGGCCCGAGCUGCGCAUGAAAGGAGGGCUAAGUCGCGGUUGGCGAAGCGGCGACGAGCCGACGCGGCCCAAAGGCGUGGUGCUCUUUUCGACGGCGAGCGCUGUUUUUUGAACGGGCUGUCGGACGACUGCCCGCGGUGCGGCGCGUUCUUCGGCGUGGGAACGUCGAUGGACGACCGGCGGACACACCUGAAGGCGUGCACCGACGCCGCCGCGCACGACGCGCACGCGAAAGCUCAGGCCGACGCGAAGGCUAAGAAGCGCCAGCGCGAGGACUUGGACGACGCCGCGGCGACGGCGCAGGCGCGCGCCGUGUGGGAGGCGUCGGGCGCGCAGACGUCGAAGCUCUGGAUGCUGCCCGACGCGGCGCUGGUGGAGAUGAUUGGAGGCGACACGGACGGCCUGGAUCGAACCGAAUUGAUCGCGCGGGCCGCGGCGUCGCGCGACGCCGGCGGGAGGCGGCUCCUGACGGACGGUCGGUCGCCGCGCAAGGCCGCGCGCCGGCGCCUCACGGCCGACUCGCUGCCGGCGAACUACGCGACGUUGGACGCGGCCCAGCUUCUCGGGAUCUGUGCCGCGCACGGCUACACGCCCAAGGGCACGACGCACGCCGAGAUCCUCCACGAGAUCGAGAACGAGCUGACCGGCGACGCCGUCGAGCGGCCUUUAUUAUUGACGGACGGCGACGGCGACGGGCGGAAGCAGCCGGACGACGACUACGUGAGCGAUGGGGGUGAGAGUGAGUAAUACUAUUAGUCUGCG